ACGCUGGAUUGCAUACAGUCACCACUGGCCUUCCGCGUCAAAAACAUCGCGAUGAAGAAGAAUGAAACUUGAAAAAAGAGAAAAAGUAGAAAAGUUCCCACAACAAAUAAUCCAAGUUGUGCCGGCGGUUCCAAGCAAUUUGCAUAAGAAAUCGCACGAAAUUAAAAAUUCUAAAUUGGAAUAAAGUUCAAGGGGUAGAUUGAGUGGCGGUCUCCCGGAAAUUGCCGUUGUUUAAUUAAUUUUCCGAUUUUAUAGGAUAGUUAAAGGAGAUUGACGAUUUUAUUCGAAUCAAUUACCCUGGAGUGUUGUUUUGUUUGAUUAUUUACGCUCCGGUUCGGAAUUGUAAAACAACAUUGUCUCCACAUAUGACGGGAAAAUAAACUCUCUGUGCGUUUUUCGAGAUAAUGUGGUGAAUAGAUGAGGAAAAUGUCGAUGAUAAACAGUAAUCACGUGGCGAACGCGGAAAAUUACUGUCCGGUAGUCCACAAUUCACCUGGAGGGUACAAAAAGCCCAUACGCUUGAAAAACGUUAUUACGAAAGCAGAAGCUUUCGAUUCGCUGCAUCUGAGACCCUGUGAAAACACUGUCUGCACGAAAGAAGUAUGCCUGGGCAGCUUGAUGGCCCAAGCGGGCGUGCACGAGGUGAGGACGACCCAGGAGGUCCUACGUCAAGCCAAGGACUUCCUAGACCAGUAUUUCACUUCGAUAAGACGGGCCAACAGCCCGGCACAUACUUCGCGAUGGGAACAAGUCCAGAAGGAAAUGUCCACGACAGGAACUUACCAACUCACAGAAACUGAACUCGUUUAUGGCGCGAAGUUGGCCUGGAGGAACUCCGUCAGAUGCAUCGGGAGAAUUCAGUGGUCCAAACUGCAGGUUUUUGACUGCCGUUAUGUGACCACCACCAGUGGAAUGUUCGAGGCGCUGUGCAACCACAUCAAAUACAGCACCAACAAAGGCAACAUCCGCUCUGCUAUAACAAUCUUCCCUCAAAGAACUGACGCUCGACACGACUACAGGGUGUGGAACCCCCAGCUACUGGGUUUUGCGGGUUAUCGGCAACCGGACGGCUCAAUCCUCGGUGAUCCCCUCAAUGUCGAAUUUACCGAAGUUUGCCUGCGUUUGGGGUGGCGUGGACCUGGCACUCGAUGGGACAUUUUACCCUUAGUGUUGUCAGCCAACGGACACGACCCUGAUUACUUCGAUAUACCAUCCGAGCUCAUCCUGGAGGUGCCUCUGACGCAUCCCACACUUGAUUGGUUCGAAGAGCUGGGCCUGAAAUGGUACGCGCUCCCUGCGGUCUCCAACAUGAUGUUCGACGUAGGUGGGCUGCAGUUCACAGCAGCUCCUUUCAACGGCUGGUACAUGAGUACAGAAAUUGGAUGCAGAAAUAUCUGUGACACCCAUAGAUUGAACAUGUUGGAAACUGUAGCGUUGGGAAUGGGUUUGGAUACCCGCACACCUGUGACUUUGUGGAAGGAUAAAGCUAUGGUAGAAGUAAACGUCGCAGUCUUGCAUAGCUUCCAAGCAAAGGGAGUGACUAUUGUGGAUCAUCAUACUGCUUCUGAAUCGUUUAUGAAACAUCUUGAGAAUGAAGUGAGGUUGAGACACGGAUGUCCGGCUGAUUGGGUGUGGAUUGUGCCACCACUAAGCGGUUCUGCAACCCCGGUUUUCCACCAAGAGAUGGCGCUGUAUUAUUUGAAGCCGUCAUAUGAGUACCAGGAGCCCGCUUGGAAGUGCCACGUCUGGAAGAAGGGUCGUGAGUCGGGCAAAAGCAAGAAGCCGCGUCGUAAAUUCCACUUCAAGCAGAUUGCGCGGGCUGUCAAGUUCACGUCAAAAUUAUUUGGAAGAGCCCUCUCUAGACGUAUCAAAGCAACAAUCCUCUACGCUACCGAAACUGGUAAAUCUGAAAGCUAUGCGAAGAAGUUGGUCGAAAUUUUCGGGCACGCCUUCAACGCUCAGGUGUAUUGUAUGGCCGACUAUGACAUAACGAGCAUUGAACAUGAGGCUCUUCUCCUGGUGGUGACUUCCACUUUUGGCAACGGCGACCCUCCAGAAAACGGAGAAGAGUUUGCUAAAAACUUAUACGCUCUGAAGCUAAGUGAAAAUGGAAUCCCGAACGGUGACGUGGGAAAACUUAAUAUGACUAUGGCUUCCUCCAAGUCCUUCAUUAAAGCAAAUAGCCAAAGCGAAAUUGCUACUGCCAAAAAAUUAGACCGACUGGAUUCUUUGAGAGGAUCUGUAAGUGAACCUUUGUUAGAAGACACUUUCGGACCUCUCAGUAACGUUAGGUUUGCAGUUUUCGCAUUAGGCUCUAGUGCCUAUCCCAACUUUUGCGCUUUUGGGAAAUACGUGGACAAUCUUCUCGGGGAAUUGGGGGGCGAAAGGUUGGCUAAAAUGGCGUCCGGGGAUGAGAUGUGCGGACAAGAACAAGCAUUCAGAAAGUGGGCUCCGCAAAUUUUUAAGAUUGCAUGUGAAACGUUUUGUCUCGACGAUGAUGAUACUUUCCUAGAAGCUACGAUGACUCUACAGAGUGAGUCUUUAACUUCACAGACUGUGAGGUUUGUGACUUCCAAAGGUAGCAACAUCACAACUGCCUUGGCCAAAUGCCAUAACAAGAAGGUGCAUGCAAGCCGACUUCUACGUCGUACUAAUCUCCAUGGAGAAAAAUCAUCCCGUGCUACUCUUCUCCUCGAGUUUGAAAACAACCACACGUAUAACCCUGGUGAUCACUUGGGGGUGUAUGCAGAGAAUCGACCUGAACUAGUUGACAAAAUCAUCAAGCGUUUGAAAGGGGUUGAGGAUCCUGACACCCCAAUAGAAUUACAGAUGCUUAAAGAAACCCAUACUUCCAACGGCGUUAUGAAAACUUGGACCCCUCAUGAACGACUUCCGUCGUGCUCGUUGAGGACUCUACUUUCAAGGUUUAUGGAUAUUACAACACCACCAACUCCACAUUUGUUGCAGCAUUUUGCUUCCAUUGCUACUGAACAAGAAGAUCAACGCAAACUUGAACUGCUAGCGACGGAUUCCGCCGCUUACGAAGACUGGCGCCACUGGCGCUAUCCCAAUCUUCUCGAAGUUCUGGAGGAAUUCCCGUCAGUCACUCCCUACGCUCCUCUUCUGAUCGCCCAACUAUCUAUUUUGCAGCCCCGCUUCUACUCCAUUUCUUCAGCUCCUUCUCUCUACCCGACCCAAAUCCACUUGACCGUAGCUGUCGUGGUAUACCGCACCCAAGAUGGCGAAGGUCCUAUCCACUACGGCGUCUGUUCCAACUACCUCCAGGAGGUUCCUGUUGGAGAAGAAAUUUGUCUUUUUGUCAGAAGCGCCCCCAACUUUUAUCUCCCUAACGAUCCUAUGAAACCUAUUAUUCUAGUAGGACCGGGUACAGGAAUUGCUCCGUUCCGGGCCUUCUGGCAACACCGUCAAGCACAAGUCCUCGCGAACAAACAAGUGGGAAAGAUUUGGUUGUUCUUUGGCUGCCGCACUCGCGAACUUGAUCUAUACAAAGAAGAGAAGAACGAAAUGUUGAAGAAGGGUGUAGUGGAUAAGGUGUUUUUGGCACUAUCGAGAGAACCCAACGUUCCCAAGACUUACGUACAAGAUUUGGCGCUGGAUGAAGCUGCGGAGAUUUAUAGGAUACUGGUUUUGGAAAAGGGGCACUUUUAUGUAUGUGGGGAUUGCACAAUGGCAGAACACGUGUAUCAAACGUUGAAAACUAUUAUACAGAAAUACGGGUCGAUGAAUGAGCAGCAGGUAGAGGCGUUUUUGUUCUCGUUGAGGGAUGAGAACAGAUACCACGAGGACAUCUUCGGGAUUACGUUGCGGACUGCCGAGGUCCACAACAGAUCGAGGGAGUCGGCACGGAUCCGGAUGGCUUCGGAACCCUAACACCGGAUUAGCUUCUAAGUUGUAGUUGUUUUUUAUGACUGUACAAAUGAUUCUUUGUCACCUUUCUCUAGCACAAAAUAUAUGCACAAUUCAAAUUUCCAUAUUUAAUGUGAUAUUCUACUAUAUCGUUUUAACCAAUAUAUUGUGAUUUUAAUGCUUCUAUUGUUGUUGCAAGAUCAUCGAAUUUAUGUAACUAUACGAUGUUUCAAAAUUCAAAAAUAAAAUUAUUACUUGAG